GGAACCUUUUCUUAUGGUGGAAAACAGUUAUACUCUCACCAGCAAAAUAGCGCCGUCGUCUCGUCCAGUUUGACUCUCCCGCCGGGAAAUCCCAACUGAGAAAAAAAAAAACACUAGCCAGAAACAGGUAGUUCCGUCGAUCGUCGUUCCCGGAGAGCAAUGAAAGGUUCCGUCGCUAUAUGUUUACUGUUGUUCAUUUGUUUCGGCAUCCCUGUGACUUCAGCUAUGGUGGUGUUGAAACCCUUCUUCAUGUCAUUUCCCGACCUUCCUGCCAAAUUCGCUGCUGGAGUGAAUAGCUCUGGGAUAUGUGGAGCUCUAUACGCAGCGAGUCCUCUUGACGCUUGUUCUCCGUUCCGGGGACAAUUAGGGUUUAACAGAACUGGAAAAAUCAGCUUCGCUUUGAUUGUGAGGGGCGGAUGUCCUUUCGAGGAGAAAAUCCGGAAUGCCCAACUUGCUGGGUUUCAUGCCGCGAUUGUGUUUGAUGAUAGGGAUAAGAGGAAUUUGGUAUACAUGAUGGUGAAUCCGGACCGAGUGAAGAUACAUGCAGUGUUUGUUUCGAAGGCAACUGGUGAGAUUUUGAUGGAGCAAGUGGGUGGGGAGGAAGCCGAAUGCUGCAUCUACCCGUCUCAGAACGAUACAGCUUGGACGGUUUUGGCAAUCUCAUUUCUGUCUCUUGUUGUGAUCAUGGCUUUCCUUCUGAUCGCCCUUGUAACUCCACGCCAUUGGCUGCACUGGCGUCGGCUCAAUUUCCACAGCAGGAGUGUGGAUGCUAAGACGGUGGAGACUCUGCCAUGCUUCACUUUUCAUUCAGGCCAUCUCAGGCAGACCCACGGUGGAGAAACUUGUGUGAUUUGCCUUGAGGAUUACAAGGAUGGUGAAGUUCUUAAGGUUCUGCCUUGCAAACACGAGUUUCAUUCAAGCUGUGUCAAUUCAUGGCUGACCAAGUGGGGGACAUUCUGUCCAGUAUGCAAGCUAGAUAUGAGAAAUGACUUCACUUAUUCUGAGAUCAAGCGGGGAAUCCGGCCACAGAACAGGUGAUGAACACACGGGGGGAUCUCAGCUGGACUUUGUACUUUAAGGUAUACAUGCAGCAAACACCUUCCCCAGAACUAUCUAUGUAUUUCUGAUUAAUUCAAUUCAUAGGAGAUAAUUGUCAACUGAAGCAAACAGUAGAAAGUACUUAAUUUCUACAAGUAUUGUUAUUGAAGCCAACCUCUCUCUCUCUCUCUGUCUUUUCAGGCAGAAUCUUUGGGCAGUCAUAACCUCUGUAGCUUGCUUAGAAUGCUGUUACAUGCAUAUCACAAAAGAGGAAGAAGUCUAGGAGGUGCUGCUGCAAAGUGGCGAUAUCUGUAAACUGUUGUUAUGGACUCCAUCUCCACAAACUGCAAAUGUGUAGUAUCGUCUUGUAAUGUGUUUUAGCUGCUGUAUAAACGCUUGUAUAUUCUAUUUGCUUCACCUCUCUCUCUACGUGCACCAUGAUUAUGGCCUUCUUUUUACCCAUAAUAUUUGAUAUGAUCAUGAGAGCAAAGGGCAAUCAAAUUCUCCCCACGAUCGGGAUUUCUCGUCAGCCUGGGAAGUUGGCAAGCAAACUGUUGUUUCGUUCAAAUGCUGUAUUAUCUACUUCCUCUAUUGAUAACAAAGAAACUGACUCGGGGUUUAAAUCGCGACUCUUGUGGACUACGCCACCACAAAUGUGCAUAACUCCAGUAUUGCAGUCUCUAGCCAGAAGCUUCGGAAAGCUAGAAGUAGCACAAUACUUGCGUGCUGAUGAUCAAUCACAGUCGGCCUGAAAAAGGUUGAAACUGCUGACAAGGAAUUCAAAUAUAACGUAACGUAAGUG